GAGACUUCUUAAAAUUUGUUGUAAAUCUUCAUUGCUUUUUCAUUUAUCUUUCAACCUAAUUAAAUUGAGUUCGUAGGCCUACUUUACAAUAUAUGGUAUCGUAGUAAUUGUAUCAGCAGUUCCAAAAAUAUAGUGACAAAUUGAUGUUCUGGUUCUGAUGUUUAAAACAGCUGUGCAAAAGGAUCUAAAAGAUGCAUCACGGAAGUCUCCAGUCAGUGUUCUUCAGAGUCGGUGUUGGAAUUUUGUUUUCGCCGAUAAUUCUGGCUAAUUCUAUCAACCUAUACUAUCUACAUGGCCAUAUACGACGAAACAGGAAAGACGUUUCACAUCGCUUACUUUUGAGUUUGAUAAUGGCUGAUCUUCUUGUUGGUCUUCAUCUGGGCUUCACAUUCAUAAUCUCCAUUUAUGGUGCUUGGUACGACGCUCGAAAUAGCUUCCUGUGUCAGCUUCAGGGCAAUGUGACAACAUCUGCCACAGUCGCAUCAGUAAUCGGCGCAAUGAUCGUUUCCUUAGAUCGAUACAUUUUCGUAUGCCGUCCGACACAGUACAAACGAUACGUUACGCUAGCCCGUGCCCACAUCGUUAUUGCGCUUGCUUGGCUUAUCAGUUUUGCAUUUGCAUCUCCACCAUUUUGGCAGCUUGGAAAGUUCCAGUAUGUGGAUUACCUCGACACCUGCUUUACGCUGUGGGGUAUUCGCUCCAAUCUCGAGUAUGGCGCGAUGCUAUUUACCUUCGCUUUCGCUAUUCCGUUUAUAAUUGUUGUUUUUACGAAUAUACGCACUAUUCGAGAAUUACACCGAAAAUCUCGUAGAGUAACUACUUGUAAUGCUCUUGAAAACGAAGAUUUUCAAAGCAAUGAAACCGUUCAAGAGGCUGUAGCAGUUACACUCGCAACCAUCAGUAGACGAGUUAUUGGUACAUCCGAAACAUUCAUUACUGGUAACAAUGAAGCCAUGAUAGAAACAAAUUUGUUAUUAAAAUCAGUGUUUGUAAUUAUCACGGCGUGCAUCACACAGGUGCCAUAUUUCAUUCAUAUCAUCAUAACAAGUUCGCACACCACUGAAAAUCAACAAGAGCCCUACGCUUUCUCUAUUCAGUUUCUCUUUCUUCUUGUAAACAGCAUGUCUCUCACGAACGCGUUUACCUACGGACAUUUGGUGAGUUUCAAACGCGCUAUCAACAUUAACAAAAUACGGAAUGAUGCUAGCCGUAUCCAGACAGAAUGCACGACCAACAUCGAUAGGCAUGACUCAACAAAUAGCCCACCGGUACAGGAAGAGGACAACCAACCAUCACUACAUCACCUUUCGUUCGAAGAGUCUCAGGUCAGAAAACAACUGAGACUUAUAAUAGACACAACUACGUUUACGAACUCACAACGGGUAGUUAUAGACGAUUGAGAGAAGUCGUCGAUAGAGGCCGCCUACUCCUUUCAGACUCCUCAAGUGCCCUCUCGCCUCUCAUAUUUGUGUUAUUUGCUAUAUAAGGUCUCUAACGUACAUUUUACCAGUUUCUCUAUAGCAGUGCCGGGUUAACCAUUAGGGAAAUAAGGCACAAGCCUUGUGGGCCAAGCGAAAAUGAUGGGCCAUCAAAAGUUGGACCGCAAUAUUAUUUACUCUAUUUUCCGGUAUUAUUAGGCCAGAAAACUCGUUAAAUUACCAUGGGGUCCAUUCAAUUAACAUUUUUGGGCCAUUUCCAAAAUGUGCCUUGAGGCCAGACGAUGCUUAAUCCGGUAUUGCUCUAUAGCAGCAAUACCAAAUAACAUUGCUCUUUUGGAUCAAUUUUAGAAGAUACAGCAUAUUAAAAAAUAGGCUCCCAGCGGGAGCGUGUGUCUACUUUUAACUCAUCCACGCUUUUUGUAUUGGCAAUUCACUUGAAUAACUGUACAAGUAACAGAUUGUUGAAUUUUUAGUGAACUUUCUAGGACAGGUCUUAUCUAGCAGCUUUCUGUGUUGACAAUUUAUUUGAAUAACUUACAAGUAACAUAUUGUUGACUUUUUAGUUCUUUCUAGCACAGGUCUUAUCUAGCAUGACAUCAUAUUUCGUAAACUUACUUUCAAUUUUUAACUUUAGCUUAUGACCCAUCCCGUCAUCGGAUGUACUCCUACAAGGUCAAUAGCCAGACGAUAGCAAAGUGUAUAUUGACAUAAAAAUGAAUUAAAUGACAUGGUAUCAGGAGGUUUACGUCCUGGGGGUAACCUGAGUCACCCAAGAUUUGUCAAUCAACAUUAUUUUGACAAUAAUGAUGUUAAUUAUUUAAAUUAUUCUCAACGAAUGGAUAAAUUUUGAUACUGUUCUCUAGAAAGAAAGGAGAAAUCUACUUAGUCUUUCUCUUUUUCCUCUAUCCUUCUUACAGGCACUGAUUAAUAAAAAAAAAGGGAGUUCAUAACAUUUCUUUUGCUCGGUGUAAUGCCAUUAUAUAUUCAUUUGUCGGCCGUAUGCUAGCGUUGCCAAACACCCUCUUCAUUGAAUUCUAAUUGCUAUUCACUUUUUUUCUUUUAAGAAUGCACUUUAUCUCAUCUUGAAAUGUAAAUAUUUACGAAACAGUUUUUUAAUGAGCCACUUGUAUAUGGCAACCACAAACUUCGGGGAUAAGAACUUGGUUCUGCUUUCAUCUUACCCCUCCUCUUUUGUUGUAUGAUGUAAAUUUGGAGGAAGUAAAGAUAUUUUUAUGAUAUCUUGAUCAAAAUCUCUUUGGACAUUAUGAACAAUAUGGAUUCUUUCUCAGCUUGUCUUUAUUAGUUUAAGCUGUUAAUAGUCUGUAGAUUAGUUAAUAUUUUUUAGGUAAGUCUGUAGGCCUAUGUGUAGGUUACUGUAUGUAACUUUCUGUGUUCUGUCAUCGAUAUCAAGGUACAAUGUCAACAAUUAUUAUUAAGUCAAAUUCCAUUUUUAUGUGUUUGAACAAUAUAUUCGUUCGAUUCUACAAACAUUUAUAGGACUAAUCAUAACAAUUUUUACUUCAAUGACUAAAUCUACAAGUUUAGCGUUUGGAGCACGACGCCCAGAACAACAGCUAGAAACGGACAGCGAGUAGCAGACUUGUAUAUCAUCAGAAUGCAAUUUUAUAUUAAAACUUUGUCUAUCAAGGAUCGCCAUCCCUUUACAGGAGUCAGAUUUUAUUUUCAUUACUAGUAUAUCGAUAAAAAAUACGUAGACUUACUCAUCAUUAAUUUAUAACCAUUUAUUUAUAUAGAUGUGCUAGGAACUUAAAACUGUAUCAUUUCAUUUAAUUUUUUUUAGGCACGAGAGCCAAGGAUAUGCCAAUAAAUGAACUAAUCACUGUCCUAAAUCAUGUCUUUUUUUUAACUUGGUACAUCCUGUUUGAUAAUCCUCCUAGACCUAGUUUCUACUUCAUUAUCAUUUGUAAUCAUGGAAUCUGCAGUCACAUUUUACCACAAUGUUGCUAAUUCAAAUUCCAUGAGACAAAAUUACUUACCCGGUACCGUUUGCCUAACCGGCUCUAGUCGUAUAGACCAAAUAGGUAAAACGCUCAAAGGUUUGGAUACAUUUUUCAAGAAAACUACAUUUUUAACUAGACUGCUGUACUGGGGUUUUUUCAGAUUCUAAUAGUCCUCAAAUAAUUUAAACAUUUUUUUUUCUUUCCAUUUUUUUAUUUUAAUAUUUUUUGCAUAGGGUUUCUUUAUUUUUGUCUGUCACUUUAGUCAUUUUUCGUUACUCUGUCUAGUAAAGACAUUAUUAUUAUGACGCCAUUCUACAUAUUUUGAUUAUUAAUAAACGGGUAAUUAGGCCUAAGCGUUUCAAACUAGCUUACAGCUAGGUUAAAUGCAAAAUUACAGUAGAAUGUUUAAGCAUUUUUUGCCUUUAGUCUAUGAAAGUAUGUAAGGUAGAUGGAAAAUGUGCACUGUCCUCGCAGGGUCGGGUUCUAUGGUGCAAUGGUCCACACCACCCUCGCUAUUACCAAUCCCAAGUUCGACUCUCAUCGAUGUUGAGUUGGUUUCCAUGCGUGUUUUUUACUUGAUUUAUAUUUUUUUUAUGAUCUUAUAUUUACUU